GGCUAUAGGAGAAAUUGGUAUAUCAUGAAUCUGCUGCCCAAGAGCUCAAAGGAGUUCGCCUCCACUGAAUAUUGGGAGCAGUUCUUCAGAAAGCGAGGGGAACGAGCCUUUGAGUGGUAUGGCGGGUACCUUGACCUGUGCGGUGUGUUGCACAAAUACAUUAAACCUAAAGACAAGGUUUUGGUUGUGGGCUGUGGGAACUCAGAGUUGAGUGAGCGCCUGUAUGAUGCUGGAUGUAAAAACUUGACAAAUAUUGAUGUCAGUGAAGUCGUUAUACGUCAGAUGAGUGAACGCAAUGCCAGCAAACGGCCUCUGAUGACAUUCCAACUCAUGGAUGCCACACAAACUACAUUUAGUGACUCUCAUUUUCAGGCAGUUCUGGAUAAGGGAACACUAGAUGCCAUCCUGACUGAUACCGAAGAGAGAACUCUAAAAAUAGCCAGUGAUAUGCUGUCUGAAAUUUCCAGACUCCUCCAGAUUGGAGGACGUUAUUUGUGUGUCUCUUUGGCCCAAGCUCAUGUGUUGGAGAAGCUGGUGAAACAUUUCUCUGAAGGUGGGUGGAUGGUUAGAGUUCAUCAAGUCUUGGAAGGUAAUAGUCCUGAAUCCGGCAGCAAGUUCCCAAUGCCAGUAUUUGUGUUUUUAAUGACCAAAGUUCGGCAGAUUCCUGGCUUCCCUCAGGUCUUUGAGAUGAUGUCAGAUGAAGAGGGAGGAAAACCUGUUCGAUGGUCAAGUCCUGAGGAACUAAUGGAGGCAGUGAAGGAAAGGCAACGAUAUGCACUGCUCAGAAACAAACUCCAGCAGAACCAAAGUUCUCAAGAGGUUUCACUGGACUUAUGUGAUGGGGAUACUGGCAAGAGUCGUUACACUUUUUACAUAGUGGAUUGUCCAAUAAUAAAACUAUCCCACUCUAAUCAUUUUGCUAUAUUUAUCAUUCCUCAAGGCAGGGAAACUGAAUGGCUUUUUGGAUCGGAGCCAGGUCGAAGGCAGCUUGCUGGAAGUGUUGGAUUUCGGCGUCUGAUAAUUGUGGCUUUGCACAGAGAUCAGCAGUAUGAUGGCAUGCAAGCUAUUCAGGCAGAGUUGUCCGCUAAGGUCCUAGAAUUAGCUCCUGCAGGAUUGCCAGAUAACCAACAGGUUCCAUUUCUUUCAACUGGUGCAGACAUUGGGAACCGUAUAGUACAACAUCGGGGCAAAAGCGAGUUAAGCGGCGAGUUUGUCAUUGAAGAUGUUAGAGGAGAUGGGACAGACUACUUUAGACGUCUUAUAUUUCUGAGUAACCAAAAUGUAGUACAGUCUGAGGUCAGGUUACUUCCAGGCAAUACUAACAGUGGUCAGAAAAAGAAGAAGAAAAAAGACAAAAAAAAUGGGCCAAAGCCGUUCGAUGAAUCAACACUCACCAGUCCAGUAAUUGAUAAGGGCUAUCUGUGCUGUGAACAUCACAAGGCAAUGAUUUCUGGACUUGCCCUGCUUUGUAAGAAUGGGAGGCUACCAGAGAAUCCAAUAUCUGUUCUGGUGAUUGGACUUGGUGGGGGCAGCCUGUCACUUUUUAUCCAUGAUUACAUUGGGAAUUCACAAGUGGAGGCUGUUGAAAUUGACCCAUCUGUGCUUGAUGUAGCAUGCCAGUGGUUUGGUUUUUCACAAGAUGAGCGCAUGAUAGUGCACCUUGGUGAUGGCUUUGUCUGUAUUAAUGACUUGGCGAAACAAGGAAAUACUCUUUAUGAUGUGGUGAUGUUUGAUGUGGACAGCAAGGACACCAGUGUUGGUAUGAGUUGUCCACCACCUGCGUUUGUAGAGAAAGAUUUCCUAAUCAAUGUUCACAAGAUCCUGAAACCUGAUGGUAUCUUUGUUUUGAACUUGGUAUGCCGUGAUUCAGCGUUGAACGAGAGUGUGAUAAAAGUUCUUCGUGACGUUUUUCCCCUGAUUUAUAAACAAAAAAUAGAGGAUGAAGUGAAUGAAAUUCUCUUUUGCUGUUCAGUCUCAGAAAAAAGUAUGUGCCCUCUGGGUCUAAUAGAGUCGGCAAAGAAUUUGGAAAAGCAGCUUAAAAAAACUGGACUUCUUUGGGACAAAACAUACGAUUUGGCUGAAAUGUUAAAGAAUGUGAAGAUCAUUUGACAUGGGGUGUAUGAAAUAAUUCUAAAUCAUAACUGAGCAACAAUCUUGUACCACAAGAGAAGAUAAUGGCAACAUUACAGAGAAUUGUGUUAUUCGUGGUUUGUUUGUUAGUAAAGGGAGGAAAAGCUUUGCAUUAUUUUGUCCUGUAAGUGUCUAGAUUGUCAAACUUUGCAGGAGACUUAAUUGUAGAGCUUGUGAACCAUCAAUAUGCAAGUUUGGUUCUCAAUCAUUUGCCAUUGUAGUGUAAGAAUAUGUGUUAUAGAAUAUCAGAAAACGACAGCAUGCUGCGACUGAAUCUAAAUUGCAGACCAUCAGCUGUGGAAGAAGGGCAAA